CCUACCGCGACUAGCGGAGGAAGUGGUGGCAAAAUAUUUCCCUCACUCACAUUCUACCCAAGUGAGUAAUCCGCCCCUACCUACUGACUCAUGCCAAACUCAUGUAGAAUCGCAGCAAGAACACCAACAGCAGUUCAUACCAACAUCGCCUGAAUCCAGUUCGGUGACUCCUAGAUACGUGAAGGCAAAGAUCAAACAGUUUGAAAAGAGGUUUAACAAGUUGAAAUGGGCCACUAGAGACAGUCUCAAACAAUCCAACAUCCCUGUCAAGAAAAUAGUUGACGCACUAGCAGAUCUACCAGCAGACGAUAUACCUGAACACAAACAGUUCUUAGACAGUUUUCUAAGUGUGCUCUACCAAGCUGCUGACCAAGUCGAGCUUUUUGGGACUUUAAACACCCAUCUGAACUAUCUCUCGUAUGACCUGUUGGAUCAUCUGGCAAAUGAGUUUGAUCUGGGAAUCAAAAGUGAUAUGGGGAAGUACAAAGAAGAUAUACAGAAGUUCAGAGAAAAAACACCACUGAAGUUGUUUUGUGAAACACAGAAAAAGCGCUACGUCAAGCUUUCAUCAGAAUUCCGAGAAGUGGUUGCAGUCUUCAAUUGGCCCAAUGAUGUGACACUAGAAGUAGUUGAACAGUUUCGACAAGAGUACGCCUGUCACUACAAGCUGCGAGAGUGUGCCAUGAUGGUGGCUGAAAUACGUCCCUGCUCCUUCAUCGUCACCUGGUAUGUCCCUGAAUCUGUUGUUGAGAAACUGAAAUCAAACGUUCCGGAAGAGAUUCUCAUGAAAUAUUCUGCUACUAAACUGGAGAUUGAUGGCUGCUCUGUUUUUCACUUACACAAGCGUAAGGUAUGCAUUAUUCAAACAACCACUCAAUACUACUCUUGAAAAUUGCAGCUAAAAUUGUUGGUCUUUCCAUAGUUGGUCACUGAGUCCAAGAUCAAGGACAGUCAUCCAGUUGCUUUGAGCCCAGUUGAAAAAAAUUUACCACCACGAAGGAAGAAGAUGAAGUACGACGCAGAAGAACCCCCAGCUGACUUCAUAUGUCCAGUGACAUACAAGUUGUUGCUCCAGCCUCACCUCACAUUAUGCUGUGGCGCCCACAUUUCACCAGAAGCUGCCACCACAAUCCAGAGGGACGGAAUGCCAUGUCCGCUGUGUAAAACUUCAGGUUGGAGCACUGUACUGAACAAACACUUCCAGCGUCAAGUAAAAGAAAGGUUUACACAACAAGAGCAUACAAUAUUUAGUUCACUAUUGCAACCUACGGCAGAAAUAGAAUAUCCAUUUCCCGAGCAUCCAUCACGCAACUUCUUCUGCCCAGUGGACGGUAGUCUGCUGGUUCAGCCUCGCCUCACGUCAUGCUGUGGGCAACACCUCUCACCUGAAGCUGCUACCAGGAUACAGGGAGAGGGAGGGGCAUGUCCACUGUGCGGUGAGCAAUGUUGGAACACUGUACUCAACAAACACUUUCAGAGUCAAGUGAAGAAACUUAGCGUGCUCUGCUACCACAAAGACAAGGGGUGCGGUUGGCAGGGACAGCUAUCAGCAUUACACCGUCAUGAUCAGUCAUGCCUGUGGAGAGAAGUUGAAAAAGUGACAAAUCAAUUGGACUUCUUAGAGUACCUUGAAAAAGAUGCUAAUUUUGAGGACGAACAUUCAGAGGGCGUUCCUGAAUACUUUUCUGAACCUGGAGAUGAAGUAGAAUUAGGCAACUUUUCAAAACAGGACGUUACGAUGGCUAUUCAGCUGAUCUCCUUAGAAGAGACAAGAGCUCUAUUCUACCAGCUUGGUGUGCCACGAAAAACCCUUGAUGCCAUCACGGCAAACUACAGCUGCGACUGUUGCAAAGAACAGUUUGCUCGGGCUUGGCUUGACUGUGAUGCAGAUGCAAGCUGGGACAAACUUUUCGCAGGAUUGCAGUUUGUGUCUGCCGACAUGCCUGCAUUAGCCAUGCCACCACUAGGCCAGUCUUCCACACCAGAAUCCUCACUCAAUACUUCCAUUUCUCUCGACGACAGGGUGUCACAAGUUAAAUCCACGAUAGAAAAUCUAGAAGAAGAAUUCAGCAACCUAAUGUCUAAAUCACUUCUGCUACUGUGCGAAAGAGAGAGAGAGGAUGGAAAAUUCUUCAAAGAGUUCCAGGAAUACCUGGAGAGUUUAGGGGACAUUAACCUCUUGUAUAGAAAAGAAAAUGAAGCCGUCAGAAACAUUUCAGAACAGUUUUCAGUACUCCGCCGACACUGCAGCUACUCAAAUUUUGAGAUAAUCUUCAAAAUUGUCGACAAGUAUUGUCCUGAACUGAAGGAUAGAAUGCUGAGUUACCGCGAUUCUCUGCUUAGCUUUGAAAAGACCACAACAGUUGAUGUCUAUCUGUGCGCCAUUUCAGCCCAU